CCAAAAUGCAAAACGAGCGAGGUCCCAACUAAAGAAGAAUGGCAACAACUUUAGUUGACAGAAUGCGCACAACUCGCAGACUUAACACACAGAAGAGAACAAGAAGAACAUACAUUUAAAGAAGAUUGAAAAAGGUUUAUUGAACAUAUGGAAAUAAUUAUGUACAGCUAAAAACGCUGGAAGCGUUAAGAUAAAUUCAACAGUGUAAACAGGUUUGAAUGGAUGCAAUAAUGGAAUAGUUUUUUUGUAAAAUAUGCAGGGGUUUAUGAUAUGAAAAAAGAGCCACGGAAAGAGAAGAAAGGAAGUAAUGGUAUCUUAAGGAUGCAAAAUGAGUAUUUUAAAUUGUAAAACAGAAAACUUAAUAAAAUUAUAUACAAAAAGAAAUGAAAGUAUAUAGUUAGAAUGGAUAGAAGAAGUCCCUGUAAUUAACUGAGCUUUCUAACUAUAAAGAGGGAGAAGCCAGAUACAUUGUUCUCUGAAGUGGGAUGGGAUGAGAGGAAGAAGGGCUUAUACAGUGGUACCUCAGGUUAAGUACUUAAUUUGUUCCGGAGGUCUGUACUUAACCUGAAACUGUUCUUAACCUGAAGCACCACUUUAGCUAAUGCGGCCUCCUGCUGCUGACGGAGCACGAUUUCUGUUCUCAUCCUGAAGCAAAGUUCUUAACCUGAAGCAAUAUUUCUGGGUUAGCGGAGUCAGUAACCUGAAGUGUAUGUAACCUGAAGUGUAUGUAACCCGAGGUACCACUCUACACACAAGGAGAAGCAGCCUAUAACAAAUCCUGGAAGAUUUCUGUUUUGGUGCAGAGGAAUGGGGACAGGAAAGCACAUUGGCCCAAUUCCAGCUCCUGAUUUAUUCAGCUUAUUUCCAUGACCUCCAUUCCUGAUUGUUACAAAAUUUGACCUAAAAGAAACCCUGUGUGUGUGUGUAAUUUUAUAAUAUAUUCUUAGCCAAAUAUAUAUUUUAUUUUAUUCUAAGCCAAAUUAACUGCAGGCGUGAGAGCAUCUAUGAGGCUGCCUUGGGGGUCUCUCCCACCAAGCCCCCACCCCCUUGAGGAGAUUAGUAUAUAGCAUGUAUAGUAUCUAGAUCUCCUUAAGGGGGUGGGGGCUUGGUGGGAGAGACCCCCAAGGCAGCCUCAGAGAAGCUCUCAUGCCUGCAGCUAAUUUGGCUAAGAAUAAAAGCAGCCGCUGUAUUUCCUCAUAUUCUUUUUUUUAUCUCAGAUUUCUGGUGCAAUUCAGGCCAAGCUCCGCCUCCUUCCUGAGUCCUCUAUGUUGGGUGGGGCUGAUGGGAGUUGUAGUCCAAUAUAGUUGGAGGGCUUCGGAUUAGGGAAGACGGGCUCAGACUUACACAUCAGGGGUAGAAAUUUAAAGCUUAUCCUUAUUGCACUACCCCCAAAACCUGGUGUCUUUCAGAAGUCGUCUUCUGCACGGGCCAGAGAGGUGGUGGGUGAGGUUGGAUUUAGUACUGAGGAUUGUUGGUGGCUUGGCUAGAAAGCCAAGCGAACAUUUGUAGACCUUUAUAGUAUACAGUGGUACCUUGGGUUACAGAUGCUUCAGGUUACAGAUGCUUCAGGUUACAAACUCCGCUAACCCAGAAAUAGUACCUUGGGUUAAGAACUUUGCUUCAGGAUGAGAACAGAAAUCACGCAGCAGCGGCACGGCGGCAGCAGGAGGCCCCAUUAGCCAAAGUGGUACUUCAGGUUAAGAACAGUUUCAGGUUAAGAACGGACCUCCAGAACGAAUUAAGUUCUUAACCUGAGGUACCACUGUACUGGCUUCAAUACCUUUUAAUAUAACUCUAAUGUGUACUUGUCACUGGCUUUCUGAUCAUUCUGUUAGUUUGUUUGUCCACAGCCAGCAGAGCUUUGUGACACGUUAAACACUUACAAAUGUAUGUAUUACGGCAUACACAUCUGAUGUAGUUUCCUGACGUAACAAAUUUGUUAGGUGUUUUUUUAAUGUGCCACAAGGCUGUUUGGCAUUCUUGCUGAUAAUGUUAUUAGAUUUAGCAGCCCUCAUAUUGUCCUAAUCUGCCGUUGUUGUUUUUUAACAUUUUCGUUGUGCCUUCUGAAGCUUUAGAAGUACUCUUGCAGGAAUUAACAUGUGGAGAUGAAGUAUAUCCAUGGGAUUUUUGGGGCGGCCAUGGGAGUAAUGUAAGAAAGAAUGAAUAAUAAAAAAUCUGGGUUCAGUUACUAUGGGAGAGAAAGGGUUAUCUAGGUUAAUGUGCCCUAUAAAAUGUCUCGUUGCUGCCAUCUUUGAAAACCUUUAGCUGCCUAAAGUCUGGCACAUGCUUCACCUGUAUACAUUGUACACCUGCCAUUUUAGGUUUUGCGUACCUUUGACAAUGGAUGGUUCCUCAGAAGGAAAUGGUCCAGCAGGAGAACAAUCUGCAGCUGCGGGGCUGGUAGGAGCAAUUAGCACUUGCACUAAAGAGCAAAAACAACAGGUAGGAUAUCUGAGUGCACACAUAUUAUUUAUUUCUAUCUUUCAAAAGGUGUCUUCUAAAUUACACUAUAGAAAAUGAAAUUUUAAGUUGAUCCACACUGUGGUUUUUAUAUUGUAUUUUGUGUGUGUGUGUGUGUGUGUGUGUGUGUGAACUGCCCUGAGGAUGAAUGGUGGUAUACAAAUUUAGUAAAUAACAAUAAAAUAAAAGUUUACAUUUUCCAACCAGGGGGAUCCUCCUGUUAGAAAUCUGUCUGGAACCUUAGUAUUGAUACAAAUGUAUAACAUGCCUAGAUCUCUCUUGGGUUUGGACCCCUCAACCUAGCUAUUUAGCAGCUCCAAUAUUCCUAAGUGCUGCAAGAUGCCCAUAUUUUCAACCAUCUUUCUACUGACAAGGGUCCUUAUGGGACAAAGGAAAUGGAGGAUAGACUAUGCUGUCAAUAAAGUGAUGUGUACUUUUCUUCAUCAUCUUAAUGGGAGGGGGGAUAUAUAGCUCAGAGACAAUGUGUCACAGGUUCAGACAGUAAGUACUAGGCUGUUGAUUAUUUAUUGCAUUUAUUUGAGUUGCAUUUUGUAAAAGGGCAACUAAUAAGUUUGAUUAAUAUGAAUAAUUAAUAAUAAUAAUGUUUUCCCAUAGCAGGAAUUCCCUGGAUGGCUCACAAAGCAAAAACAAUAUUUAAAAACAGUAUAAACACAAAAAACUAUAACAAAUUAAUUUUAAAAAACCCCUAAAGCACAAUUCAAAACUCAGCUUAAGACUCAGAGAUUGAAACUAUAAAGUGUUAAUUAAAGAAUAGAUAACUCUUCACCUGGUGCUGGAAAUUUCAUAAAGAUGGUGCCAGGCAAUUUUUUUUUCUAAAAAAAUGUUUAGGGGUAUUCUCAUUUUGACUCAAGAAAAUGACCUUUUUAUUGUUCAAAUCGGGAAAAAUAAAUACAGUAAAUGGACAAAAGUACAAAGAUUCACAAAAUGUUUAGGGGUAUGUGUACCCCUGCGUCCCCCCAGAAAAAAGCACUGGUGCCAGUUGAACCUCUCUGAGAAGGCUGCUUUGAAAUUGGGAUACCACCAAUAUCUUCUCCUGUUUCCUGGUUGGCAUGGUGUUGCAGCCUGCAGCUUGCCUGCCAGUACAUCCUUGUUGCUACAAUGACCAGGUUCAGAUGUUUAGGCAGCCUUGCUGCUGCCUCACCCCUCCCAGAAAACCACAGCCAUACGGGUGUCAGGUUAAGUAAGCAGUACUCCACUGACCACUACUGACCACCCCUUUUCCUGUCAGGCGCUCAGCCUACACUCGAGUAGGAUCCUGGCAGAGACACAUGCCUGACUGGCAUGUUCCCUCCCUCCUGGCCGAUCAUUCGGGAGCUUCAAAAGCUUUCUUCUGCCCGAACAUCACAGCGACCAAUGCCAACCAACACCGGCACACUUAGGGAUCGACAGAGUUUGUGCAUUUCGUGUGACAGACCUCAGCAACUCAGCAUUUUGGCUAAUCUACUUUAUUUACAUAUAAACACACACGGAGCACUGCAACAUGGCUCCCUCUCUCUCUAGCAUCAGACAGCAAAGAGGGAAAAAACAAAGGACAAUAGUCCCACUUCACGGAACACAAACAUCCUGUCUCCGUCACUUCCCACUCUGUGGAGUCAAAGCAUAUACCGUCCUGUGAAAGACAGAAAUCCCAUGACUGCAAUCAUGGAGCAGGAAUUCUAACACUUCCUUCCACAUGGGACAGGUUCACAGUUUUAGUGUUAUGUACAUGAGCUGGAAGAACUCCAAGCAAAGCUUUGGGUUCAUGCCUCUCCCCCUCCUCCUCUUACUGUGCUACCAGAAGGACUUUGCCAGAAUGUUUAAGAUUCACUUCCCCCUAAUUUUGGCUUGCUGUUGUGUAUGAACCAGAAGUUGAACUAUUGUAGCUGUCACAAAGAGUUGGGGUCAAAUGAUAGAAAACUGAAAUGUUUGUUUGACCUUUUGCUACACCCCAAGGCCCCAGUGUUCCUUCCUGCCUCCUUUCCUGAAUGGACCAUCAGAGAUGACCUUCGUUUCAUCCCAGCCAACGUCCGGGUGCAGUUUAGGCCUCAGUUCAUUUUACAGGCAAAUAUUUAUAAAUGCUCGGGGCCUUCAGUUGGAGUUACCUGGUGAGGCGCAAUGCUAUUCAUCUGCCAUGAGAGCAGCACAAAAGACUGGUAAUUUUAGACUCCACUAUUUCUGAAGCACAUAAGAAACAUUCACUGCCUAUGUCAGUAGUUAGAAGCAAGUUCAGAACUCAGAGCAAACUUUUCUUUUUUUUGUAAGUUGGCUUCAAUACCAUGUUGUGUAUAAUUGGUUUAUAAAUCAAAUUCGGAGAUUUAAGCGCAGCUGGUGUGGUUUGAGACAGUGGGAUUCCAGUAUCUCACCCCCUGUCCUGAUCUUCAGCCUUUUAACCAAACUAUGGUAAAGUUCUAUGGCUCUAUAUGGUAGCAGUUAAUAAUCCAUUUGGCUAAUCUAUUGUAGACUUAAUUCUGUUUACUAAGGUGGGGCCUUUAGGUACACAGUUAAGUUUGUCUUGUGACCCCCCAGGAUGUGGCAGGAUACAGGGAAGGGUAAGAACUCUGUAAAUGACCUCAGAGUAUGUCACAACCACAAGAUCAUCAGUUUCAAAACAAUAUACUUCACACCAUGAGUUUAUUUGCCUAUUGCAUUUAUAUACCACCUCCAUUCCAAGAUAAUCAAGAUGGCAUGUGUAGUUCUCCCAGUCCCCACAUUAUCUUCCCAACAGCCCUGUGAGGUAGCUUAGGCUGAGAUACUGCCACUGAGCCAAGGUCAUACAGUGAACUUCACUGCUUUCCACACCCUAGUCCACAACUCUAACCACUCUGCCACAGUGUUGUUUUAACUGGGUCACUUUGUAGUUCCACAAGUACCCAAACCAAGAAAUUUAUGGAGGGACUGAUUCAGCAACUAAAACAUUCUCUGUCUUAGGGUGAAAAUAUAUAGCCGCUCUAGGGUGGGCUAGCGGCAUCAUGUGUUUAUGAUGACAUGUGCAUAGAAUCCAGUUUUACAUAUGCUGUUGCUUAGACAAAAAGUGGAUUAGUCAGGGAUGUGUGAUGCAGCAAAUGGUUUUGUUGGGGUCAUAUAAUAGGUUGUAUUGUGCAUAGGUACUGUCACUGUGCAGACUGCUAUCCUUUGCACACAACACACAUAGAGUUAUAGCUAGUUUAUUCUUCUCUUAAUUGGUGUAUUAGCUGCUUUUACUUUAUCUGCUUUCUUAUAUAUUGUAGCAGUUUUCUACCAGUGGUUGUUUUCCAUUCUGCUUCCCUGAGAAGCAGAAAUAAAUACUCAGCUACAUGGUGCAGUGACCCAUCUGACUUUUUUUUUUUUUUUUGGCAACAAAGGGAAUGCUUGUCAAAAGAACCUAUCCAUAUGUGUGUAUCAAUGUUGUCAGCGAUGAGGGUGUGGCAAUGCAAACCACAUGGAUAGCAGUAGCAAUCUAAAACAGCAGUGGGGAACCUCCAGCUGUGAGGCAUCCCAAUUUGACCUACAAGUGUGUUUUGCCACGCUCACCUGCCCUACUCAUGAAGUUAUAUGUGGUUGCCUAAAAAAAAUAUCCUUUGUGGGAUGUAAUCCAUUGGAGCAGUCAAAUACAACAUUCCUUGUUUCCCUAGAGUGGACACAGGCGGGGUUUGUGUGUUACUCCAGCCAGUACAACUUCCUGUUCCCCUGGUCUGUAGCAUCCUCCCCUUGCAUGUGACCAAAAAGAUGGGCAUGACCCUGGCUGACUCCACAAAAGAGCCAAGUCACGCAGCCAUCUUUCCCUUGAUGCCAUGCUGCUCUCCAUUUUGUACUCCUGAUGCUGCUCUCUUAAUGUAUUUUGCUGUCUGCUGGCUCUCAGCCAGCAGCACAUGGGCUCAGUCACCAUGUGGGAUUAAUUCACACUUUGUUAUGUAAUUACAAGCUAAAGCCUGCCUUCAGGGGUCAUACCGUGAACUGAAUGUGAGUAAAAUGUGAGUUACAUUUAAGGAAAGACUCUUGUGUCUUUAUUCUUUUAAGAGGGAUAAAAGGGGACACCAGGAAUAAUGCAUCUGGGCAAGCCAGAUUGGAUUGCUUAACUAAAGAGAAUUCAAAUGAAUCUUCAAACUAGCUUCCUGCUGUAUUGAGGGGAUAAUGUUUAAUCAAUAUAUCCUCUUCUACUAUCCUUAACAUUCCCACAUCCUUGUACCUGUAUCAAAACUUCAUGUGUCAGUGAUAUCACCAGGUGACCACCUACACAGAUGCCGGAUGGCAUUGUGAUGUCACGUGACAGACAGGUGAGGGGUCCCACCCACCUAUCAAAUGCACUUGUGCGUGAUGGGGGAGAUAAGGAUCUGGCCCAGAUCCUGACAUAAAGUUCCAGACACAAAGAAAACAGUCACACAUUACAAAUAUACAACGCAGGUUAACGCUUUAGCAUCUGCAAAUACAUUUGCAUCCUCAAUCAGCUCUGAAAAGUUUGUGAUAGAGAGGGGAGGGAUGUAUCCAGUACAGCUAGCAUGUGAAGGCUGCUUUAAAUCCUUCCAUGUGGCACCUGUUGUUACAUGGUGAGCUGCUUGCCCAUAGUGAUUCAUCUCACAGAUUAGGCAGGUUUGGCCAUGUAACCACAAAUAUUGGAAGAGGGAGGUUAGCAGUUCCCUGGUGGAACUUGCUCGGACUUUAUGGUUAGCCACGACGAACAACUUGUCAUGUCACAACAGUUUCCACAUGGAAGGAUUUAAGGUGUUCAGCCCUAAGCUGAUAUUAGGAAAAGGUAACAGCCCGAGAGCAAUUUAGUCAAACACAGGCAGGUGAUAUAUUUUUAGCCACAUAGGCACAUCAUUGCACAGUUGAUCGAGCAUAAGUCUAUCUAAUUCAGCAGACUGCAUGUGUUUGGCAUUUUCUCCUUCAAUGUUGCUCCUUAUCAUUUCGCUUUCAUUGUGCAAGCCUUUUAUUAGAACAGAUGCUUGUUUUUUCUGCAAUUCAAUCAUUUGACUUGUCCCUCCUUCCCCCUCACCUUUUCGAACAACUAAAUUAAUACAGUAGUCAACUACUGACUUAGAUAUUUAAAAAUAAAUAAAUAAAAGCACGACCUCAUUCUUAGCUCCCGUUUUAAUUUGUGCACAAAUUUACUAGCUUACUUGUAUUUUAUUAUGUAUCAAAAUUCAACCCUUUCUUGCUUCUGAAAAUAAAACGGCCACCCUGAAAUACUUUCCCUAGCUAUUAAUGUGUUGGCUUUUGGUUUAUUCAUUUUUUUCAGUGCUUUGCUGUAGCACCUCUGCCUAUUUUAUUGUUUUUGCAUCAGUGAUUCUUUCUGUGCCUUUUCGUUGCCUUCAGAUUCUUGAGUUGCCAGGCGAAGGGGAUCAGUGGAAAAAGAAGACGGUAAGAGUUUGGAGGGAGGCAACUACCUAGCAGAGAGUAGCAGAGUUCAAGCAUUUCCGGGGGGUGGGUAUAAAUAAUAUAUUAUUAUUAUUACUGUAGCUUCUGAGCUGAAGCCCUUGGUGUUUGAAGAAAGUAAUAUGACCUUUUCAGGCUGAAGAUGCAUGUCACAAGUGGGUUCAGAGGAUGCAUUUCCCUCCCAGUCAGAGAUAUCCUCUGAAUCCAUGGCCUUUCCCCCUGUAGAUAAAGUGUCAGGGCCCUUGGUCAUGACACCAGUACAUUUUGAGUGGUUGUCUUGGCACCUAGGCAAACUGAGGGUCUCUUAGACAUCCCAAAAUUAGCCUAAGUGAGCAACUCAAUUAUCAUGCCUGCCUAGCAGCUUCCUUACUAGUGCUAAUAAAGGUAAAGGCAAAGGACCCCUGACAGUUAAGUCCAGCUGCAUACGACUCUGGGGUUGCGGCGCUCAUCUUGCUUUACAGGCCAAGGGAGCCGGUGUUUGUCCGCAGACAGCUUCCGGGUCAUGUGGCCAGCAUGACUAAGCUGCUUCUGGUGCAACAGAACACCAAAACCAGAGCAGUGCACCGAAACACUGUUUACCUUCCCACUGGAGUGGUACCUAUUUAUCUACUUGCACCUUUUGGCGUGCUUUCAAACUGCUAGGUUGUCAGGAGCUGGGACUGAGCAACGGAAGCUCACCCCAUUGCGGGUAUUUGAACCGCCGACCUUCUGAUUGGCAAGCCCAAGAGGCUCAGUGGUGCUGCCCUGUGUUUUCUUUGUUGUCAUUUAACUUUGAUCUGGUUCACAAGUAAUGGUGAGCUAUAAUCAGGAAAAAAAACUAUGAGGAGUGUGCUGGUGUGUUCUACUCAAUCAGCAUCUCUGGGACAAACAAACCACAAGGCUUGCCUUAGUGUUAUAUGUGAAGAGCAUUUGAGGUUUGUUUCUCUCUCAGUAAACCACAAAUGGAUUCAAAGGUUUGUUCUUGGCUUACCAGUUAGUGGUUUGCACGUAAUGUUUGUUUCUCCUAUGGGUAGGCAAGGCAGAGUGGACACGAGUGCUUCUGCACAUUGCUUGUUCAUUAACUGUAAACCGUGAUUUGUUUCUGAUGAUGACUUACUGUUGACACCCAUAAGUGUUGGUUUAUCAUGAUUUUGUUCACCAUUUCCAGUAGCAGUUAGUGCAGCUGCCUGCCUGGCCAGGACAGGUUGGCUGGCAUUGCACCUAGUUUCUCCUUUGUGCAUUGGCUAUCUCCCCACCCCUGUGUUUGCCAUCUGCUCUCUCUGCUAAAUUAUGACAAGAUGAGGGGAAUUUAUAAUUCAUAAUUUAUAUUAUGGCUGAUGCCAUCAUGGUAAAAAUAAUCCUCCCCCUUGAGCAUGCAGAAAUGGUGAGCAAGAGAGGAAAAGAGAGUGAUGGAUGAUUGAACCAAUCCUUUCUCCUGCAUUGCAACAGAAAUCAGUUGGCUGCCUUUUGCCAUCCUGAUCUCGUCUGCAUUGUGAUGGUCGACCAUCCUUCCCUCCUUUCCUUCAUGCACCCAGCAAUCCACCACUGCGAUUCAUGAAGCAAUAAAGUGGGUUCAGCACAACAAACAGGUUGUGGGAAUGGCUGGAGCAUCUCUUCGCUGUGUUGUCCCCUCAUCCUGAAGUGCAGACGCUGGCUACAAGGGAGAGAGAGGGCCUUUUUGGGGGUGGCUCCUCUGUUGUGGCUUUCCUGAUGUGCACAAUGAGUUUUUGGGAUAGGCAUUGCUUUAUUGCUUUUUGUUGGUCUGGCAUUUAGUGUGAGCUCGUGUCAUCAUUGUUACAUUUCAAAUGUGGUUUUAUUUAACUUAUUGUGCAUCAUCUGGAGGAUCUAUAUUCUCAGAUAAUAAAUAAAUAAGUGUGAGUGAUAUUGAAGUGGCCAGGUAUAUGUAGGUGUGGGUGUCAAACUUCAAAUGGGGAAGGUAAGAAUGUGAAUGCCUUCCCUGUACAAAAGCAUGUCACACCCCCAGAAUCCUUUAAGUUUGGGUCUGGCUUGAAAUGGGUCCACCCUGUGCUACUGCCUGAUUUAGAGUAUUUUAUCACUGUAACUCAGAACCGCUCGUUUUCUCUUAGCAACAAAUAGAGCGUCAGCUGAAAUGCCUGGCAUUUCAAAAUCCGGGACCGCUUCUAGCAGACUUCAACCCUGAAACCCGAGAGCAGCAGAAGAAAGCCUGCCUGUCAAUGAUAAACCAGGAUUGUUUUAACAAUACAAAGAAGUAAGUAACAUGCGGCAUCUUAUUCUAUAUUUUAAAUUAGGAGUAAUUACAGACCAUCAUAAUAAUUACCAUAAGAUCAUAAGGCUGGGUCCUGAUGUUCAUAAUUUAAGACAGCAGUACAAUGCAAACUGUCUUUUAAGCCCCACCGGUUUCUCUGGAAUUUGCUUUCUGAGUAAAAAGGCACAGAAUUGGUAGUUGAUUAACAUUCAUUAGGCAGACAAGGGAAAAAUCAGAAGUGGGGCCCAAUGGUAACAUCCAUCUUCUCUUGUUCUCCAUGCUCCAACAUAGACUGUAUCCUUUUUAGUAGCCCCAGUAGGCAGGUGUUCAUCUGGAGUAGAACCACAGUUGAUCAUAAAUAUUACCUGCUCAUCUGAGGGCAGAGCUGAUUUUUCUAUCUGCCGAGGCUGCAUUCUCUUUAAAAAACAAGAGAAAAGUGCAUAAAAGAAACUGCCAUAAGUUAUCAUGCCAUCCUUAGGGUCACUGCACUCAACUGGUUUAGAAUUUUUCCAGUUAUAAUGGUAAAAUAGUAACAGACAGCUUACAUCUUUAUGGAGACUACAGUGGUACCUUGGUUCUCGAAUUUAAUCUAUUCCAGGAGUCCGUUCGACUCCCGAAAUGGUUCGAAAACCAAGGUGCGGCUUCUGAUUGUGCUGCAGGAAAGCUGUGCUCAGUUGGAAGCUGUGGAAGCCAUGUUGGACGUUCGGCUUCUGAAAAACGUUUGCAAACCGGAACUCUGACUUCCGGGUUUGUAGCAUCUGGGAGCCAAUUUAUUCGGGAACCAAGCCAUUCGACUACCAAGGUACCACUGUACUUGAGUGCAGCAAAACUUUCUCAUUCCCCUUCUUCUUUACAUGAUUUAUUUAGUACAGUAUAACAAACUCCAUGGAAAAUGUCCAGGAUUUGGAGAAAUGAGCCAUCAAUAUGCUGAUGGUACCCUUCUCUAUUUUGUUUUCGCAUCUGAAUCGGCAGCAAAUAGCAGCUUUGAACUGACUCUUAGAGACACUAAUAAAUUGCAUGAGGAGGACAAAAAAUAGUCUGAAUCCCAAGAAAACUAGAAUUGAUGGUGGUUGUGAAUUCUGCUGAUAAGGAAGCAGGAUAGGCUUAUUGAUAGUGCUCAUCAAGAUCAGAAUCCAGGACACCUCUAAUUUAUUUUAAAUAUGCUGUUUGCAAGACAGUACAGGAAUGCAAUUCCCUAUCUCUAGUUAAUUUGGAUUGUAAUUAAUCAUGCUGGCCAGUCUUUGUGGCUAAUGUUCCUGGCUGUCCCCUGCAGAAUACUCUGCUGAACCCUAGUUUGUUGAUACGUGUGCCCAUUUGUUAGGUAAGUUGUGCAACUGAUCAGAUUUCUGAUAUUUAGGGUCCCUUGCUAACUGCACAAAUGACAGCUGUUCCUAUAUGGCUACAGCGCUUAACUGCAUAACUUAGCAUGAACAUCUAGGUUACCUGUGGAAAAUCUUCCAGGGCACAGCAGUCCUUAGCAAACAUCUUCCCAAAACAACCCCCAACUCAUCCUUCCAAGUUGGACUUAGGUAAUAUGGCCUCAAGUUAAGGUCUGAGAAUCAAAACUGUUUUUUCAGUACAGCAGUACCUCGGUUUUCGAGCAUCUCGGAAGCCAAAUGUUUUGGUUUUCGAACACCAAAAACCAGGAAGUAAUUGCUUCUGUUUUCAAACUUUUCUCAAUUUUCUCCAUUGACUUUGGCAGACUUUGGAGACUGCUCAUUGUGCCUCGGUUGUUGAAUGUUUGGGAAGUCGAAUGGUCUUCUGGAACGGAUUACUUUCGACAACUGACGUACACUGUAUAUUGCAGGAGUAUCAGGAGAAAGUAUGGAGGCGCCCCCGCCGGCUUUCCCACUUUUAUUUGCUUCGUACUCUGAAAACCAAUGGCGAUUCCACGUUUUCUCUUUUACAGACUCGUAAAGAAAUAUGACAAACAUGGCCGGCUGCUUUCCAGUAAAGCGGAUUUGUGUGACUGCCUGGAGAAGAACUGCUUGGGCUGCUUCUACCCCUGCCCUAAAUGCAACUCCACCAAGUGUGGGGCAGAGUGUCGCUGCAACCGGAAGUGGGUUUACGAUCAGAUUCAAAUAGAGGCCGGGCCGGUUAUCAGAUUUCCGUUUUGAACGGCUAUUUACCUGACCACAGUUGUUGUGAAACAGAGGCUGGACUUAUUUAUUUAUUUAAGAAUAGAGAGGGGUGUUAUUCCUCCUGUUAGAGGAACAAAAUGCCUGACGUGCAAAGACGGGUAGCAGAGUUGUCAAGGUGUGACAUGCAGACCAUAAUAUUGAGUGUGGAAGAGAGCGGAGCUUAACACUUUCACCACCCACCACAUAUUUGCUCCAAAUCACUCCCCAAACAGUCUUUUCCGCCUGUGGGGGCCAAAAUACAUGCACAGCCACAUUUUGAACACUAGGUGUGUGGAGCUGGAAAAGGGCAGAUGAAAAAGUUCAAGCACUUUCUCAUAUCUUUUUGUUCACGUUUGCUCUGAGCCAGGCGUUGGUUCAUAAUAUGUUGCCUAGCCUCUGAGUUUCUUCAAUUUAAACAAGUUAGGAGUUGGAAUUGGCUACUAGGAAGUUUAUUUAAUCUUCCUCAUCUGUUAAGGCUUUAGAGAAGGAGGGGGGGCGAGAUUUGAACAUUUUCGUUGCACAGAUCCAGCUGCCUUGGGAAUACACCAAUUCAAAGCCAGCAGAAGCAAAUUAAAGAAAAAGCAGGCCUCCCCUCUUUAAAAGCUCAUUAUUACUUGACUGCAUCUAUACAUGCCUCAUAUAGACUAUUGUACCCUGUUAUUGCUCAGGUGAAAAGACUGUGCCCUCCUGAAAAUCGCAUUGCAAAGUGACUCUUGCAAACAGAAGGAAGAAAGGGGGAACCAAGGAAUUCAAGAUUAAUGAAAGCUUCUUCUUGUUCCCCAACGGGCUGCUGCACAACUCGAAAAUUGAUUCCUUCUGUGUUUAUCAUCUGUGCAGAACGAGGGGCUAUCAAAGUAAAUGUUUAAGUCCUUGAGCAAAGUUGCAGAAAAUAAAGUUGGAUCUAAAUAAU